UGCCUGGUGUUGUUCGUAAUUUCUUUCUAAACAUUUUCCAUCCAUUAUCGAUAAAAUACAGCUAAAACAUAAGAAUUCAACGAUGGCAUCCGCCUCCGACCCGGUGAUCUGCACGAACUGCUCCGCGGUAACCCUUGCAGAAUCUGUAGCGCUGUGCACCGGAUGUGACAAGUCCUGCUGCAGCAAGUGUUCCCGGGAACCGAGUGAUUCCGUGUCGCUGUUCAGUGUACCGCACAUCCUGUGCCUGGCGUGCUACCGCGACCGUCGCCAAAAGGAGGGCAUCGUCACUUGUCCGUUGCAUCCGGAACGGACUCUGGAUCUGUACUGUUUGACCUGUAAUCUGCAGAUUUGCUAUGACUGUUUUGUCCUGCUACCGGAACACAAACGACAUACGAUCGAUACGGUCGAGGUCAUCUAUCGCCAAAAGCUGUUGGAAACGGUUGAAAAGUUCCGGAAAAUUCCCCAGCGGUUGAAACUGAUUGAUUGGGAAGCAAUUCGGCAGGUCGAUGAUAAUCUAAAGAUUGUGCAGAAUGUUGAACAGAACAUCCUGAAUGAGAUUCAACAGUUGAUUCACAACCGGACGGCCGUAAUGCUGGGGAAGACGGCCGAGAAGAAAAGAACUCUAAUAGGAAUCAAGGAAUACGUUUUGCAGAUGGAACUGCAAAACCGACAGAUGCUGCAGCAGAUCAGGGAUUUGAAUACGAGCGAUUUCCUGAGACAGCAGGAAGUGCUCAACGAAAGGUGCGAACGCAUCUUGAAUGACGUCGAACAGCUGCAGGUGCAAUCGGUAACUUGGGAUGAUAUCCAAUGCGAUCUACUUCCAGCGUGCACACUAGAGCCGAUCGUUCUCAACGUUCCGCUUGAUGGGGACCAAAGCAACAAACGUGUUCCGUUCCAGUUAGAAGACGACUGUGGCAUUCAAUGGAUAACGAUCUGUCAUAUUCGGGCUACGUCAAUAGUUUUAGAGAUGUAUCCGAAUCUAUUGGUGGGAGAUUUCAACUUUCGUGCCGUUGUGGAAAUAUCCCAUUUGAAUCAGAUGAAAAUGACUAGUAAGACGUUUACAUUCCGUGAAAAGCUGCUGCCAACGGAGCUGAUUCCGUUAGAUGAGCUGCAGAAUAGCGGAUUUCUUUCCAAGGCGGGCGAUUUGCGGUUGAAGAUCGGCAUCCGUUCGGAGAACAUAGUCGAAGAAAAUAUUCUGGUAAAAAAACUGUUGCUAGAACAACGGAAGGCAACUGGUCAUUUGCAAAUGGAACUGGCCGCAGUAAAGGAUCAGAAUUUUAUUCAACAAGGAGACAUGAUGCGUUCGAGUUGCGAAAUGAAACGUUUGAAAGACUUGUACGAAACACAAACAAUGGUAUUCAAACGACAGAUCAAAGAGUUGAAACUAGCAGCCGAUGAAAGACCAUCCACUCCGGGUAGUUCGAUUAAUGUUCCACUGACGCCGACCGAAGUGGACAAACAGAAGCUAAACGCUGAUCUGAAACGACUUCAAGCGAAGCUGGAGUCUAUGCAAAUCGCUAUGAAAUCGAUGAAUCCGUACGCCAUCGGUAGUUUCGAAAUCUAUAGAUGCUCUAAAGAUAACAAAUUUUAUUCACCACAAUUGACGGCCUACAACGGAGUUACGAUCUAUGUGAUUGUUCAACCGAAUUUCUCCGCCGAGAGCAAGUCGGACGUCAACGCCUACAUUUGCCUGGCCAAGGGAGCGAGGAAUAAGUGUCAAAUCUUCCUGGAAGUGCUCAACGAGUGCGAAGAGGCCAACAUCCGGGAGGAUCGCGUGUUUGACUUUUCCAAGGGAACCAGUUUCACGUGGAAAAGCGUCAUCAGCCACUAUGCGUUGUACCGCGACGAAGGUUUUCUCGUCAAUGAUCACCUGAAGAUCAAGUUUGGACUGAGACCUCUGCUCGAGUAAAGACGGCGGUGUCGUAAUUUGAUAAUUUUAGCUGGCAUCGGAAUGCCAUCGAUAUGAAGCAGGAUUCCUCGUUCGGAGUUCGGAACUCAGUUACUUUCCUUUUACACUGUUUGACCACAUCUAAUGUUGUCUGAAUUUUUUGAAUUUCGUUCGAUGUUAUUUUCUUUGCUUUUUUUUAAAUACAAUGACAAUUUAACAAAUUGAGAGUGGUUUUAUGUAGGUUCGCAAAAUGCCUUCGAAUUCUGAUGUGGCUAGAUAAGGUAUGAGAAACCGUGAUUUUAAGUUGUUCGGCAAACAGGAAAC